CCCUUUCCCCAAGUCCUCACUCCUCUUUCCCCAAAUACAAAAUCACACACACAAACACACAGACAAACUCUCUCUCUCUCUUCCCCCUCCCUCUCUCUCUCUAGAACGGGCAGAGGUUCUUCUAUACAACAAUACUGAUAAUUGCAUUAUCAAUCCAUUACUAUUCCUGUUUAAUUAAUCAUAUAUAUUACUAUAUAUAUACAUAUACAUAAGUAUAUAUUAUAUAUAUAGAUAUAUAUAUACAUACACAUAUAUAGGGGUUAUUGGUUGUCGGGGGGAUUGCCGAAGAAGAAGAUGAGCAGUGGUGGGGUUAAGGGAGGUGGAAGUAGGGCUUCGGCUCCGAUUCCGAGCGGCGUUAGGAAGACGAUCGAGAAUAUAAAGGAGAUUACUGGUCAGAAUCACUCUGAAGAUGAGAUUUAUGCAAUGCUAAAGGAGUGUUCCAUGGAUCCCAACGAAACUACUCAGAAGCUUCUACUUCUAGAUACAUUCCAUGAAGUCAAAAGAAAACGAGAUAGGAAGAAAGAGAAUCUGAACAAGGAGCCUGCAGAAAUAAAGUGGAAGCCAGGUACCCAGGUCAGGGCAAAUAGAGUGGGCCGUGGGAACUAUCCAUCUAGACACAUAUCUCAUGAUGCUGGUGGUGGAAGAAAUUUGGCUGCUCAGAAGGAAAAUGUUACUAACCUUACAGAGAAAGGUCCUAGCAAGGCUCCAUCAGCCACCUCACAAGAUAUGAGAAAGAAUGACACACCUUCUGUUUCAAGCCCAACUACUGCUGUAUCUAAUGGUCCAUCUGGUAUCAUCCCCAAGAUUACCAGUGUGAUACAUGACAACCAUGUAUCUGCAGGUGGAGGUGUUGAUGAAUCCAAUACAACGGCUAGCUUGAGUAAGUCGGAGGGACCUUUUCUGCUUUCAUCACCUGUUGACUCCAUUAAAAAUCCCAAUGGUCAAGGGACUAAGUAUAACCAGUUGAGCAACAAUGCAGCACCCAUUCCUUCGGCACCUCCAAUGGGAUCUAUUUUCUCUUCUUCAGAUCCUGUACUGUUGCCUUCUCAAGAUAUACCACCCCCUAGUAUUCGACGUGAAGUGGGAAGCCAGCGAGUCCCUACUGAACUGACUGAUGGUAAUCCUAAUGAGAACAAAGCAGCUUCUGCCAGAAUAUCCUCUUCUGAUGUCGCAGUGGCCACUUUGCAACAAAAGGUGCCAAAAGAUUCACAAGUAGUUGGAAAGAAUCAGCAUUUAGAUAUGCAAGCUGCAUCUUCUGCUCUUGGUACUUCUACUGUUAGUAGGCCUUCAUCUAAUUACAACAAUCGGUCUCAAGUAACUGGCUCACAGAAAGUGGGUCCUGGAAAAGAAUGGAAACCGAAGUCUUCAAACUCCAAUAUCAGUCAGGAUGCCCCUGCAGCUUCUUCAUCGGAGGUUCCUACAGUAUCUGUUGGUGCUCAUCCGGCAUUGCAGACAACAACUGCUGUCCUCACAUCAAAAGAAUCCACUAUAGAGCUGCAGAGGAAGUUAGAGGAGUUGCACAUGUCAAAUAGCCAACAUGUGAUCAUUCCAAGUCACCUUCAUGUUCCUGAAGUUGAGAAACUUGGAUUUUGUUUUGGAAGUUUUGAUGCUAGCUUUGAAUUGGACAUGAACCAAAAUGGAGUUCCAGGGAGUGACAGGAUUCCACUACAGCUUGAAUCCCCUGAGGCUAUUGAUGAACCUGUGGAGGAGCUACAGUUGAGCAACCAAAACGCGUUGGUGGCUGCAGAUGAUACUGAAAUCAAAUAUCCCGACCACCCUCAACAACCUUCAGAAGGACUGGAAAAAAUUUCACCUAGCGAGGUUGAAGUCUCAUCCUCUAUCUCCCCUGAUUAUAGUGAGCCCAGGCCAGAUGUUGCUCCAGCAAGCCAUCAACACCCUGUUCUCCAUACUUCAAACUACAGUUAUGGAUUCAUGCCACCAAUAUUGGGUGGCCAGCUAACACCUUCGGAAAGUUCGGAAUCUCAAGCACGUGAUGCUCAUCGACUUCCAGGCUUUGUUAUGCCACAAUCUUUUGAUCCAGCAAGCUAUUAUGCACAAUUUUAUCGUGCUGGUUUGGAUAGUGAUGGUCGUAUUUCCCCUUUCCACUCUGCUGGAGCAGCAAACAAGUAUAAUGGAAAUGCUGGUCUGGUUUCUGCACAGAGUUCUCAUUCUCCUCAAGAGUUGCAGGGUGGUGUCCCUCUGGUUUUGUCCACAGCAUCUCCAACUGCACUGGUGACCCAAGCCGCCGGAGUGAUGCAGAGCUCGAUAAAUGCAGCACAGCAGCAACCUCUUCCCGUUUUCCGUCAACCAGCUGGCGUUCAUCUAUCCCACUACCCUCCAAACUAUAUUCCAUACGGUCCCUAUUUCUCCCCUUUCUAUGUCCCACCACCACCGAUUCAUCAGUUCUUAAGCAAUGGUGCAUUUCCUCAGCAGCAACCUCAGCCUGGCAAUUUGUAUCCAGCUACAGCUGGAACAAAUGCCAAAUAUUCGGUUUCUCAGUAUAAGCAGGGACCAAAUACAGGAACCUCAGCCCACAUGGGAAUGCCUGGAAGCUAUGGUCCGUAUGGUCUUUCAAUGGCUAAUUACGCUUCCAGUUCUGCCCCUGCACCUGUUACUUCAACAUCUAAUGAGGAUCUUGCUGCCUCUCAAGUAAAGGAAAAUAAUAUCUACGUCAGCGGCCAACAGAAUGAAGGCUCUGGUGUAUGGUUCACAGGUCCCGGUCGGGAUAUUUCUACCUUGCAGCCCAAUUCAUUCUACAACCUCCCUCAGGGUCAACUGGCUUUCGCCCCAACACAGGGGGGCCAUGGACCCUUCACUGGGAUUUUCCACCCCGCACAGGCGGUCACUAACGUACACCAGCUCUUGCAGCAAUCUCAGGCCAUUACAAACCCUGUUGAUAUGGUUGUUCCUUCAGCCAGUGUUUACCAGCAGCAGCAGCAGCAGCAGCAGCCACCACAGCAUGCACAGCUUAACUGGCCGAGUAACUACUGAUAUCUUUUCUACCUUUAGUGCAGUGACGAAUUCAAAUCACGACCCUUUUACCUACUCGAUGGGACUUUUUCGAACAUGUUCGGAUUUAAUGGAGAAAGAGAUCGGAAGAAACAGGAACCGGGGUGUAAAUUAAUGGAAGGGGGCCAACCGAAAUUUGGCUGAUAUCUUUUUUGUGGUAUUCAUGUGACUUAUAAUAACAAUCUUUUUUUUUUAAAAGUUAAAUCGAGUCGAGAAAAAACAAAAAAAAAAAAACAUUUCUUGCUUCUCGUUAGAUGGUUUUUGCAAUUCCCCCUUUGAUAUACUUUCGGGGAAGCCCUUCUUCGAUAAUAGGUUCUUCUAGCUUUCAUUUGUUAGUCUGGUAGAGGUUUUGAUUCUUUCUGUUUUGGCAUAUUUUCUAUAGGCAGGUUAUGAUGUGAGAGGUUGUUAGGGUAUAAUUAAUUUUAUGUUCGAUUCGUUUCUGUUCUGCAUCUGGGCUCGCUUCGUUUCUU